AUGUCGUUCGCUCCCCCAGAGGCACACCAGCAGUUCCAGCACAUUCUGCGGCUGCUCAACACCAACGUCAAGGGUGGCGGAAAGAUCAUGUUCGCCCUCACCGAGAUUAAGGGUGUUGGUCGGCGUUACGCCAACUUGGUCUGCAAGAAGGCCGAUAUCGAUUUGAACAAGCGCGCCGGAGAACUCAACUCGGACGAGCUCGAACGCAUAGUCACCAUCAUGCAGAACCCCGCCCAGUUCAAGAUCCCCACUUGGUUCUUGAACAGGCAGAAGGACAUGGUCGACGGCAAGAACGCCCACGUCCUUUCCAACCAGAUCGACCAGAAGCUCCGUGAUGACCUCGAGAGGCUCAAGAAGAUCAGGAGUCACAGGGGGUUGAGGCACCACUGGCAGGUCAGGGUUCGUGGUCAGCACACAAAGACCACCGGUCGGCGAGGAAAGACCAUUGCUGCCAAGAAGAAGUAG